AUGAGCCCGGUCUAUCCCGAGCCCCAGAUCAGCCACGGCACCGCCAGCGAGAACGCCGUGACCGAGGGAGCCGAGGGAAAAAAAAACGAAAACGCCGCAACGGACCCGGGCGCCAUGGACGACAGCGCCAGGAACAAGGAAAAGGACGAAAUCUUCGCAACCGACCCGGGCGCCACGGACGACGGCGACAUGAACCGUGACUUGGUCGCCGGGGCGGAGGCUGCCACCCACAUCGCCGGGGGCGUGGAGGUUCGCGGCGCGGACGUCCGCGGCAAGGAUACGGGCUUCGCCGCGGCCGAAACCGACAACUACUACCUGGAAGUGCUGAAUCUCGUCCGCAUCUUCGCCGCGGUCCCGGGAUCGACGCCCGCGACCGUCAUCGAGUCGAUCACCGAGCAGGCGCGAUUUCUUUCGCGCCACGGCGCGGCUUUUGGGGAUCGAGAGCGCGUCGAGCAAGGACUGGGGCUGGCGCGGGCGGCGCGUCUUCUCCAGGAGCGGGUCGUGGCUGCCGCCGACGCUCGCUCGUGA